AUGAUGAAGCAGCCCUACUUCGGCCUCAGAGGAGGAUGGUUGACCUUCUGGAUAACCGGUGUGAACAUCUCAGAGGACUACCUGGAUGUCCUAGACCUCAACGGACCUAGCAAGACCAAUCUCCUCUCCAUCAUCACCAGUAUCUACAACAUUGGCUGCUUCUUCGGUGCCAUUCUCGCCUUCACGGUAGGCGAGAGACUUGGUCGCAAGAAGACGAUUCUCCUCGGUACUACGAUCAUGGCUAUUGGUGCAAUACUCCAAGUCAGUGCGUUCAGCCCAGCGCAAAUGAUGGUUGGACGUAUCGUCACUGGAGUUGGAAACGGACUGAAUACUGCUACUGCUCCGGUUUGGCAGACGGAGACUUCACCAUCGAAGUGGCGCGGCAAGCUGGUAGUCAUCGAGAUGAUGAUGAAUAUCUUUGGUUUCAUGCUUGUAAACUGGAUUAACUACGGUCUGUCGUUUGUGGGUGGGGCGCUUGCCUGGCGCCUGCCUAUCGGCCUGCAAUUCGUCUUCAUGGUUGUGCUCUGGAGCACCACUCCUUGGCUACCAGAAAGUCCGCGAUGGUUGAUUGCCCACGACCAGAUUGAGAAAGCCACGAGAAUCAUUGCCGAUAUUGAGAACAAGAACAUAGACGAUCCUGAAAUAGUUGCGAACACAAACGAGAUCAUCGCAAGCGUCCAGUACGAGCGGCAGAACGCUAUUGGAUGGGUCGAUCUCAUGCGUGGUAAAACUGGAGACGCUGGUACCAAGACGGUCGGACGACUGCUUUUGGGUGCUGGCACUCAGUUCAUGCAGCAGUUUGGAGGCAUAAACGUAAUGUCUAUCUACAUGCCAACUCUUCUAAUCACAUCCGUGGGACUCAAAAGCGACAUGGCUCGACUGAUCGCUGCUCUGAGCUCAGUCGCUUAUCUCGUCUCAUCCGGUGUGGCGGCGCCGUUAGUCGAGCGCUGUGGUCGACGAUUCAUGAUGAUGGUAUCGACUGCUAUUCAGCUGGUCUGCUUCUUCAUGAUGGCAAUACUCCUGUAUUACGCACAGAAGCCCGGCUACGCUCACCAGAAGACGGCAGCCGAAGCAUCUGUGGUCUGGUUCUUCAUCUACUAUAUGGGCUUCGGACUUGGCAUGUUGGGAAUACCAUGGCUCUACCCAACCGAAAUCAACAACCUUUCCAUGAGGACUAAAGGCGCAGCUGUUGCAACGGCAACAGACUGGUUGACGAACUUCGUAAUCGUGCAAAUUACGCCCAUCGGCCUCCAGACUCUCGGGUGGCGCUUCUACAUUAUCUUCAUCGUCCUCAACGCUGCCUUCCUGCCAGUGAUAUGGUUGCUGUACCCUGAAACGGCAGACCGCACACUGGAGGACCUGGACUACUACUACCGUGAGAAUCCACCUUUGAUCGUGAUAGGCGACAAGGACGCUAUAUCGGUCAAACGUCCGAGCGAGUAUGUGCAGAUGCAGGACGACGAUGUGCUAAGGGCAAGGAGUGUAACACAGGUCAAUGUGGUUGUUCAAGAGGAGAAAGAGUAA